AUGGAAUACCUCUCGACGCUGCAGUCGCCCGUGGACGACCUGAAGCCGUCCCUGUUCGAGCUGCUCUCGGAGCAACAGCUGUCGGCACUCCUCCCGCCCACAAUCCGAUACCUCCUCGCCCUCCUCACGCACCGGUACCCGCGGUACCUGCUGCGCGUGCUGAACAACUACGACGAGGUGUACGCGCUGCUGUCGCUCGCGGUCGAAAAGUACUACCUCGAGCACUUCGGCGGCAGCUUCACCGAGAACUUUUACGGCCUCAAGCGCGAGAAGGUCCUCAGCCUGCGCGGCGGCGAGGUGAAGAGGACCCAGAUCGCCGUCCCCACCGAGGUCCGCGAGCGGCUGAAGCUCCAAGGCCGCGACGUUUGGAAGAAUCUCGCCGUCUUGGUCGGCGUGCCUUAUAUCAAGCGCAAGUUGGACGAGAGCUAUGAUAUCCACAUCGCCCCGUCGGCGGGGUUACUGAUCAGUGGCGGAGGAGGAGGGUUGGGAGGAGUUGAAGGGAGGCGGUAUCUGGACCGGGACGAGCUACCGCCAAAUGCUACGAUAAAACAAAGGAUCAUGUGGUAUUACAAGUGGUUUUUGCGGCAUGUCUAUCCGAGUCUGAAUGCCGCCUACUAUUUCAGCAUCUUGGCCUUCAGCUUGGGAUACCUAUUUGACGGCACGAAAUACUCCAGCCCAUUCCUUUGGAUGGUGGCCACACGGAUGAGGAGGAUGGGCGCGGCGGAUCAGCAGGCUAUUGAUGCCGCCACAGAGGCUGCUGACAAGGCCAUUGCCGCGAGUGCCGCCGGGAGACCGGGACAAGGGCUGAGUGGCCUCUUGAAUCCGCGGACGCUGUAUCCCCGGCUACUGUCAAGCUUGAGGAUCCUCCUGCCCACGAGUAUCUUCGCAUUGAAAUUCCUGGAAUGGUGGCACGCCAGUGAUUUCUCACGCCAGUUGACCCGCAAAGCCGCCGAAGGGUUGGAAUUGCCGCCUCCCGUUGUCUCCGGGAUGGAACUCGCUCGGAAGACCGCGCCGGAGCCACAAGGUCCUCUGCGCAGAUUGACAACGAAGAACACCCCAGCCAAACGGACCCCGCCGGUCUCGAGCAUCACUUUCCUUCCAAUUUUUACAGUCCCGGCCCCACCAUCCAGCGACCUGUGCCCUAUCUGUCUACAUCCGAUUUCCACGGCGGCGGCAUGCCAGACCGGCUACGUCUUCGACUACAAGUGCAUAUUCCAGUGGAUCGAGGGGACGCAUGAGCGACAGGAGGCGUUUAUGAAGGGCGAGAAAAUGAGCGAGUGGGAAGACGACGAUGACGACGAGGAAGAGGGAGAGGAUGCAAACCGACGGCCAGGCGAUGAGUCCAAAAAGGCAGAGCGCAAGAGCCGUGAGGGAAGCUGGGAGAGCGGCCAGGGAAGAUGUGCCGUCACCGGCAGACGAGUCCUCGGCGGCACAAGCGGGCUGCGCAGAGUCAUGGUUUGA